UGAGACACCAGAUAGGAAAACCCGUCUCCGGACCAAGACUGGAGAUCGGAACUCCCCAAUUACGACGCUGGCAAUCUGCAAGUCACUUGACGUCCUUACCUCUCAACUGUGAAGGAUCAAAAAGCGGACGGCAGCUGCAAGUGAAAGUUGCAGGCUCCAGAGAUUGCGCAACCAAUGUCAGGAGCACUGCCGAUUUUAUAAAUAGAGAGAGACACCUGGCUGGAGCUGGUAGUCGCACCUUGGCCAUCAGCAUGCAGAUGGCAUGUGUUUUCGUGGUGUUGGCAGCUCUGAGCGGGGGAGUCCGUUCCUAUGACGACCUGCCGCAGGUGACUGUAGUGCAGGGCGCACUGCGGGGGCUCUACCUCACUUCUAGGAAAGGUCGACAAUUCGUCGGCUUCCAAGGGGUGCCUUAUGCGAAACCUCCCCUGGGGGAGAUGCGGUUUAAGAGUCCAGAGCCCCCGGAGUCAUGGGUCGGAGUGCGAGAAGCGACGCAAUAUGCCCCCAUAUGCACCCAGAGGAGCAUCUUCGCCAAGCAGGUGGAGGUGGCGGGGUCAGAGGAUUGCCUGUAUCUGAAUGUCUUUACACCGCAGGUAGAUCCUGGGGGCAUGCUGGACGUGAUGGUAUGGUUUCAUGGGGGUGGCUUCGUGUCAGGAGCAGGCUCAUUCUAUGGACCAGAGCACCUGCUUGAUGAAGAUAUAGUGUUGGUGACUGUGAACUAUAGGCUUGGGCCCAUUGGUUUUCUGAGCACUGGGGAUGCUGCAGCACCAGGUAAUUUUGGUCUGAAGGACCAGGUUGCAGCCCUGCGUUGGGUGCAUGACAACAUUGAAAUGUUUGGAGGGAACCCAGACAGCGUGACUCUGUUUGGGGAAAGUGCGGGAGGAAGCAGUGUUCAUUACCACAUGUUGUCUCCCCUCAGUAGAGGACUUUUUCACCGUGGAAUCUCCCAGAGUGGCACAGCACUCUGCACUUGGGCUCUUGCAGCCAAUGGAUCCUCAUCAUAUCAAGCUAAGAAGUUGGCCAAACUUCUGGACUGUCCUACCAGUCCAACUGCAGAUCUAGUAGACUGCCUCAGGACUAAGGAUGCUAGAGACAUUAUAGCAACAGACAAACAAUUCAUGGAAUGGGAUGUGGAUCCAUUGAUUCCAUUCAAACCUGUAGUAGAACCUAUAGGACUGCAGGAUGUAUUCUUGCCUGCUGAACCAUUACAUCUCCUUCAGGAAAGCCCUCUCUCCAUUCCUUGGUUGACAGGGAUCAACUCUGGAGAUGGAGCCCUGAAAGCAGCACCAAUCUAUGAGAAACAAGAACUGGCAACUGAACUGAAUUCUCAGUUUGAACGUGUGGCUCCCAUCUCUAUGUUCUAUGGAGAGGUGAGUUCUCCAGAUAUGGCAGCUGAGAUCAGCCAGCGCAUCAGAACUUUCUACUUCAAGGAGCAGCCCAUAGGAAAUGAGACUCUGCAGAAAGUAGUGGAUAUGUACACAGACAGCUUCUUUCUGUGGGCAGCAGAUGAGGCAGUGCGUGUCCAUCUGUCCAGGAACAAGCUUGAGGGUGGUGGUCCUUCAGUAUAUUACUACUACUUUGAGUAUCGAGGGCCUCAUAGUUUCAGCGAGCUCUUUGGAGAUCCCACCAGAGAUUUUGGUGUGUGUCAUGCUGAUGAGCUGAUCUACCUGUUCCCUUCAGGAAGGAUCUUUGGCAACUUCACUGCCACACCGGAGGAAGAGCAGAUGGUUGACUGUCUCAUUCACAUGUGGACCAACUUUGCACGCACUGGGAAUCCAACACCACCAGAUUCAGGGAAGGAGGUGGUACUCACAGGAUGGCAGCCAGUGACAUCUAUUGAUGAUCUUGAGUACCUGCACAUAAAAUCACCUAGUAACAUCUACAUGAGCAGUGGUCUAUUAAAGGAACGUGUCAAUUUUUGGUCUUCACUACCUCUUAGUUUCACAAGCCUUACACGAACACUCCUGAAAGACGAACUAUAGUGAGUUCAGAAAUAAUUUCUUUCAAUAUGUGUGCUUGACUAGUAACCAGUUUCAUUCUAUAGAAAGAAUGACUUUGUGACUGAUAUAUAUAUAUAAUUACAUAUGACCAACAACAUUGGUGAGUUGCAUAUAAGUAACAGUUAAAUAUAGCUUAUUUAGCAAAAUACAACAAGAUUCUACAGUGCUGUAUGGAAUAGUAUU